GUACAUUAUCAUAUGCAGCCCGAAAGUGUAAAAAGAACGUCAGUUUGGUCCCCAUCACUUUACGUUUUCAAAUUGAAAAUACAGUUCUAUUUUUUUGCCAGUCGUGAACUCUUAGAAUUCUCAUCCCUUUUUCUCGUCCUAACUUUACGAUAAUUAAUUCAAAUACAGACGACAGUACAACAACUGUACACUAUGAAUUACUACAGUAAAAACAAAUACGACUAUCAACCCUCUUAAAGUUUUACACGUCUUAAAAGGCAACAUUGUGAAACAUACAAGCCGGGUCGGAAGGCGUUGGGAGACGCGUUCACGGUUACUCGCUCCUGGUUCGGAUUAUUUGACACUAUCGCGACAUUUUUUCGCGAUGGACUCGCAACCGCCACCAAAACCUUGGGAACGGCGGAUUCCCGGGACCAUUGGUACGCCUAUAAAUUCCAGAUCUACAGACUUUGGACCUCCUGCAGGCCCCUCUAUUGGGCCUCCUGCCCUUACCAGAAUUGCACCUCCGCUGCCUCCACGUCCCAUGCAGCAGUCCUACCGUCCGUCUUAUAGCUCCUUCACCUCCUCUUACAGCCCCUAUGGAGGCUCCAUCUACGGGGGCUACAGCCCGUACAGCCCUUACAGCGGCGGCUACGGCCUCGGCGGUUACAGUCGCUUCCCUCACGCGGAGGAUACUCCCCCCAGUCGCUUCGUACAACAGGCGGAGGAAAGCAGCCGUGGCGCUUUCCAGUCCAUCGAAAGCAUUGUCCAAGCCUUUUCCUCAGUUAGCAUGAUGCUGGAUGCCACUUUUUCAGCUGUCUAUAACAGCUUUCGCGCUGUGCUGGACGUGGCGAACCACCUGACGCGGUUACGUGCGCAUCUGACCAGGGUUUUGUCUGCAUUUGCGUUGGUGCGCACCUUGCGGUACCUCUACCGCCGUUUACAGAGACUGCUGGGUCGGGGGUCUGCCGCUGAAGUUGAGGACUUGUGGGCAGACAGUGCAAGCGAGUCUCUGGCAACAACUUCAUCCAGAGCCUCGGGAGCAGGAAUGGACGAUCAGACUGUUAAAUCGUGGCCGAUCUUUCUGUUUUUUGCCGUCGUCCUGGGGGGGCCCUACCUAAUUUGGAAACUGCUCAGCUCUGCCACUGCGUCUGAAGACAAGGCCACAAAGUGGGCCAGUGGAGAGGAUGACCAUGUUGUGGCGAGAGCUGAGUACGACUUUUCAGCUUCAUCUGAGGAGGAGAUUUCUUUCGGGGUUGGCGACAUGCUCAACCUCGCACCCAAAGAGCAACAGCCCCGUGUGCGCGGCUGGCUGCUGGCUAGCCUGGACGGUCAGACCACGGGACUGGUCCCAGCCAAUUACGUCAAGGUCCUCGGCAAGAGGAGGGGCCGCAAGCAGGCAGAGAUGGAAAGGCUCGCUCAGGUCCAGCAAGAGAACUCUCAGGGCUCCCGGACUAACCUCACCACAAAUGUGAAUCCUUCCUCCGAGGAGUUGUUAGAGUCUGUGUACAAAGAAACGCCAACUUCAACCAGUGUGGGAUUUUCCAAUUCCAGCUCCAGCACAGUGGUGAACAUCCCGGAGAAAACUGACCUGUGAAGCUUCUGCAAGUUGGAACAUAUCUGUAUGGAAGUCUUUUUUUUUUUUUUUUUUUUUUUUCCCCCCCUUCAAUGGCAAAUGUCGAACUGUAACUGUUGAAUGAUUAACUUCAUCAUAAUUGGUAAGGAUCAGUUUUCAAAUUCCCAAGUUAUCCUAAAUUAAUUUAUACAUAGUUCUGUGGUUUGUCAUGCAAAAUCACAAGUGAUGAGUGUUCAUAAUGAGAAGAAAUAGAUUUUGACCACUUCCUUGAACACAUAAUAAUAGUGUAAAUAACUAAUGAAAUGUUUUUGGCUAAUAAAUGAUUUGAAAAAUCCAAGUUGUGUUCUGUAAUC